AUGUCGAAUGGGCAUUGCAGUUCACCGUCGCUGAUACCCCGCCCUGUUGCUGUGAAUUCAGUGCGCGAGAACGAAAUUCCAGAUGCGAGCUCCAAUACUGAAAAUCUUGAAGCUAGUGCAGAACAUAUUCCUCAGGAUGCAGCUGAGGACGGAGUAGUCGAUGAAUAUGAGAAAUUGGCCCUCUCUCUUCGCGAUUGUGAUUGGGAACAACUGCAGAAGGAGUUUGCAGACGCGAUGGACGAGCGAUCCCAGGUAGAAAUGGCUCUACACAAAGAAACUGCCGAACUACUUGAGGUUGGUGCUGUAUGA